AUGAACAAUCUGAGCUCAGGUUUAGGUGCAUUCACAGAAGCAGUUUUUCACGUCAAAAGUCAAACAAAACUCAACAUUUAUGUUGGCAGCCAUGGACAAUGUAGCACAACAAAGCUCACCAGUAAUUUUUUUCAAGCAGGAAUUAAUGAUAUUUUUGAGGAUAAAUAUAAGUCAUGCACUGGUGGUGGAUCAACAUUUAUCAGUGUAAAUGACAGCAAGAAUGAUGUCCUUAUCGUUGCUGGUUCCGGCGGUGGUUCAGGGCAGUAUCAUACAGAGAACUCCGGCGGUUAUGGCGGUUAUAUUGGAGGUAUUGGUCUAGAUCUAGAAUAUUUUAGCUAUUAUGCAGGAGGAGGAACUCAGAAUCAAGGUGGUUCCGGCAGUCAUUUUGAAAAUGGCCACAGUUCAUGUGAUUCUCUUCCUGGAUCGUUUUUACGUGGAGGUGAUGGUGCAAGUUGCUGGUCUGCUGCUUCAGGAGGUGGAGGAGGUGGUUAUUAUGGUGGUGGUGGUGGCGUUGACUUAGGAGGUGGCGGUGGAGGAAGUAGCUUCGCGAGAGGUGAUCUUACAUCUGUCACUUUUCGUAGUGGUAAUGAAACUUUCAAAUCUCCAUCAGGUAAAAUCGAAACAGGCCACUCAGGCAACGGAUUUAUCAUCAUCCAGCAAAUCCUUCCUCGUACAGUCAGCAAGGCAUGUUUCGGUAUUGAAUUUUCUCCAUACUUAAUUUUUAUUUUGUUUGAUUCAAAAUAA